GUAUUCGGCUGAAUUAGUGUGUUGAAAUUUGAAAGAGUAGCUAAAGAAGCUUCUUAGCCUCCUUCCACGACGUCCGAUCGGAAGUGACGACGGGAACUCUCUCGUCGUUGCGAAGGCCCGAGAAGCAAUGAACUUCUCGGAUCACUGGCGUUCCCUGUGGCCUGUCGCCUCCGUCUCGCACGCCCCUAAUCUUCUCUCCGGCGAUCAGGCCGCGACCUUGGGUCCGCUUCUCUUCCACCCGUCGCCUCCGUGCCACACGCUCUUCGCCUCCUCCUCACUAGCCCUCCGUAUCCCGCCAUCGUCGCCUCCACCCAUCCUCGACGAUAUUCAAUCCUUCUUCCGUUGCCCAACCAACGGGUCCUUCCUCCCCACUACAGACCAGUUCUACCUCGCCGCAGACAUUCAGUCCUCUCUCGUUUCUGCUUACAGCAACUCCCUUGAUCCCCUUUCCUGCAACAGCCUCCAUGCCCUUCCAUGCCAUGACGGAUUCUCUGUUCUUCUGUUCUUUCCGACGGGAGAUAAUGCCGAUGAGAUUGGGUUUGUAUGCCUUCGCUUCAGGGAUGAAUGCCUGAAACCGGAGGUUGGGGUUGAUCUUGGUGGGGAUAUCUUCAAACAGAGGGAAGGACUGAAACACCCUCGGCACCGGAUACUGAAGUUGUCGGUUGUUUCUUCGCCCACAUAUUCUUCUUCGCCGACUGAUACUUCUAUCACAGAGGGUUUUCUAAUGGCUACCACGUUGUAUUCAGUGAAUUGGUUUAGAGUUGAAACACGGAGUACUGAUGUAGGAAUGCUGAAACCUUUAUUGAUGCCUCUGGCCAAACAAGGGUUUUCUAGUUGUGUAGUAGAUGCUUGUUGGAGCCAGCAUUUCUUGGAGGAGAGUGCUGUGCUGCUUGAAACUGGAGAGCUUUGUUGGUUUAAUCUUGUUACUAAAAGAGGUGGUACUCAUAGGAUUGAACUUGGUGACAAUUCUGAUACAAAAUGGUUGGGAUGCAAGUUUGGCGGGCAGCCAUGGGUUAUUCUUGCUGCUUCUUCUAUCAAUGUUGUUUUGGUAGAUCUGAGGCCUAAGAGGAUUAACGAGUUACCCAAAGUUUUGGCAAGUGUUAAGUUGCCUGAUUUUCUUGGGGUGGUUUCUAUGAAGGAGAAAGAUACUUUUCAAGCAUUUUGUCGAGCAAAUUUUAAUGAUUUUCACUUUACUGCAGUGACUGAGAGAUUGUUGAUACUCUUUGAUGUUAGACAACCAUUAGUUCCCAUCUUGACUUGGGAUCAUGGUUUGGAGCAUCCUACCUAUGUCUCUAUGUUCAGAUUGUCAGAGUUAAGAACUUCUGAGGAGUUUAAAUCGGUCUCUGAAUUAGGUUUUGUGAUUUUGGUUGGUUCAUUUUGGAAGAAUGAGUUCAAAAUUUUUUGCUAUGGCCCUAGUGAUAAAGGAGCUAUUGGAAGUUCAUUUUUCGCAUGGCAGCUUCCGUCAUUACUUUCAUUGUCUGGUAAACACUGUAGUUCUAUUGAUGAUCUUGUUAGAAAGAUGAUGUCUAAGGAGAACCAUCCUAAUCAGGACAUGCUACUUAGAAAUGAAGGAAUUGCUGGUUUUUGCAUAGUACGGCCAAAUAUUCUCUUGAAAUGCAGAUCAGAACCUGGUGUUUUCGUACUAAUUAGACUUACAUUAUCAGGUAGACUAGAGAUUCAGAAAUAUCAUUCUUCUUCUGAUUCAGAAAAUGAAAAUCGUAUAUGGCAAGGAAUAGACUUGCAGGAAACAAAAGAUUUCACCAUUUACAAUACUCAUGAAGGCAACAAGGUGUCUAGUCGGUUUUAUUUCUUAAAAUUGUGCUAUCUUUCUAAAUAUAUGAAUGGAAACCUGUCUGAUAUGUUGAUUGAGCGCUAUUUGGAAUUGAAUGGCAAAGGAAGUAAAAAUGAAAUUUUCACUGAUGAUCUGAUAGAACUUUUAAGCUGCAAACUCCAAUCUUCCAGCAGCUCUAUUUCUUCUUUAAUUGCUGAUGUGAGCAUACCCACAAAUGUGUUUGAGGUUGUAUCAAGACGAAUAUUGACUACUCUAAAACCAGAAUUUCUAUCAUUGACAUUUACUAAAUAUGAAGAACUUUUAAUAGGCCAUGCUGACACCACCUUUUUGCCAUUGGAGUUUCCUAAAUGCUUGCCUCAUCAUAGAUUUCCUCCUUUCUUUGUGAAUAUUCCUUCAAGGAGAUCAGAAUUUUUACCAAGUACAGUACUUGCUGCGGAUGCUAUUGUUGGUCCUUUACUUCCCCUUCCUGUUCUUCUAGUUCUACAACAAAAGGGCAUGGGAUGCACAGAAUUUUCCAAUGAGGAAGAGCUAGAUGAUGACCUAUUGAACCUUGAAUGCAAGCGUGUCUUGGAGUUUAUGUUUCCAGAAACGUCCAUUGCUGACAGUUAUGAUUUUAGUGGAUUGAGGGUCUCUCAAGUGUUUCAAGAUGACGAACAAUUUUUUGUUUACAGGCCGACAUUGGGAGUUUGUAAAUCAGUCUUCAAUGAUGCCAGCAUUUCAUUUCCAAAUGAAAAGACUCAAUCUCAAAUUGAUUAUUUAUCAGAAAAUUAUGUGGUAGCAAAGGAUACACCAAAUGAUGAAAAAUUUACGACAUUCGUCUGUGGUAAUUUUGACAAGAAAUAUCCUCUAGAUUGUGGAAGUGAAGUGAAUGAUUCUGAAAUUUUUGAUGCUAGUCCAGUGAAAUUGGAUUUUGAGUCAUUUGAUGUCAUGUUGCAACCAACCGAAAUUUUAUUUUUAAAUUCAUUGAAGAGACAAGCUUCCAAAUGGUUGGAAAAUAAUAAAUCUUAUCAAGAUUUUUGCACUUCAUCAAAAAUCUCGGAUGUAAUUCUAUGAUUUAUGAAAUUGUGUUGUAUCAAUUUGGAUCACAUCUGAACCAUCACAGCAAUCAAUUGGAGGAAAAUUCAUUUAUUUAUUUCAAUUCUCAACUUCUACAUUGAAUGCUAUAUAUUCUGAUUUAUGUUGCAAGCAUCUCGAAAGGUUACUAUUAAAAUUUUCCAAGCUCAAUGGGCAGAUUGUGUCGAUGCUAGCCUAUAAUUGAAUUGAUAGCAAGAAUGUGAUGAACUGGCUAGGAAGGUGGCUGAGCUGAAUUGUCAGUACAGUGCACUUAGAAUGGAGCUAGAGCAGCUUCACAAAGUUUUCCGGGAUCUAGAAGCAGAAAAUCAGCACAUAGUGCUUGGCUAAUUUUCACUGUUCACUUUAUAUUUCCAUAACCCUGAAUUUGUUAUCUAAUACUUUCAGCUGUAAGAACUCAUUAAAUAAUAUAGUUUUGCAGUAUAUUUUGCUCA